CGGGUCGGGCGCGAUAACGCUGAAGUCUGAAGGCGCCUGUUUGUUUAGGGGUACGUCACCGGAAACGCCCCCGCCGCCAUUUUGUUUGAGGGCCAUAGGCCGGAAGCCGCGCUGAGGCGGCGUUGUUGCUGGCGAUUGGCGAGAUGCCGCUGGUGCUGGUGUGCGGCCUCCCGGGCAGCGGCAAGAGCCGGCGGGCGGAGGAGCUGCGGGCGGCGCUGGCCGAGUCCGGCGAGGCCUUCGUGGUCUCCGAGGCGUCUGCCGGCGAGGGCCGCUCGGCGUUGCGGGCGGAGGCGGAGCGGCUGCUGGGCCGCGGUAAGGCGGCGGCGGCGGUGAUCGUGGACGGCGGGAGCGAGGUGAAGAGCUUCCGCUACGAGCUCUUCUGCCUCAGCAAGCAGGCCCAGGCCCCGCACUGCCUGCUCCUCUGCCCCGGAGGCGCCCCUCGCCCGGACAGGCCUCCCUUGGAGCCCCCGGACGCCCGCAACCGCUGGGACCGGCCCCUCUUCGUCGCCCCCGCCGACCCCGCCGAGCCCUUGCCCCUGGCAGACAUCCGCGCCGCCCUCUUCGAGCGCCGCCCGCCGGCCCCCAACCGCUCCACCCGGGCCCAGCCCCUCCAGGCCGCGGGCUUCCUCCACCGCCUCGACCGCCUCACCCACGACGUCCUGGCCGCCCUCCUGGAGGCCCAGAGGAACGGCGCCCAGCCCGGGCAGUUCGUCCCCAUCGCCCUGGAAGGAAUGGACUCAGGAGGAGGAGGAGGAGGAGGAGGAGGAAGGGGAGCAGGCCCCGAGGCGCCCCAGGGCCUCCUGCUCCGCCGCCCCGUCAGCCUGGCGGAGCUGAGCCGGCUCCGAAGGCAGUUCCUCAGCUACGCCAAGAUGAACCCCGGAGAAGGAGAGGAGGACCUGCCUCGGCUGGGCAGCAUGUUUCUGCAGUACCUCAGCCAGAACCUCGCCUGAGGAAAGCCUGGAAGGGGCCUCCAAAUGGAGGAAAGACUGGAAGACCUCACCCAAGGAAAAGCAUGGAAGACCUCGCCUGAGGAAAGGGUUGAAGGCCUUGGAGCUGAGGAAAGCCAGGAAGGGGAUCUCUGAAUUGAGGAAAGACUGGAAGACCUCACCUGGAAGAACUCGCCUGAGGAAAGCUUGGAAGACCUUGAAGUUGAGGAGAGCCUGGGAGACCUCCACCUUGAGAAGUGCCAAGUUGGAGACCUCGCCUGAGGAAAGCCUGGAAGAUCUCGAUGCUGAGGAAAGCCUAGAAGACUUAAAAGUUGAGGAAAGCCUGAAAGAACACACAUGACAAAAGCUUGGAAGCCCUCGAAAUUGAGAGAGGACCUCACUUGAGGAAAGCAUGGAAGACCUUUCCUGGGGAACGCGUGGAAGAACUCACCUGACAAAGCCUGGAAGAGCAUGGGAAGCAACAAGGUCUUUCCACUCCCCUUUGGGCUGCAACUGCACUGCAGGAAUGAUCCAGAUUGACAUCGCUUUAAAGUGCCCUGGCUCCACACAGUGGGGUUCUGGGAGUUGUCGUUUUCUGAUGCAGUGUUUUUGGCGAGUUACAGACCACCCGUUUGGGGCGGCCUGUAACUGGCCCUUUCCUCGCUGUAUCGGGGCCUCAGCUGCCACAAUGGCAGCCUCUGAGGCCCCGAUCCGCCACUUUCCAGGUUGCGGGGAAGCAGCAAAAGGCCUCUUCCCUGUGGCCUGGAAAGGGUUGUCCUUGGGGCUUCAUGCCCUACGGAAACCUGGCGGUGGCAGGGAUGCAGAGAAAGGGGCCGCUCAGCCCCUUUCUCAUUUGCGUUGCUGGCGCAGCUGUGUAGAGGCUGCACCAG